AAACCUCUAUUUGCAUAUUUAUGUCUCCAUCGAACAAGAGAUUAGAAAAAGAUUAAAAAAACCCAAACUUUAUCCUCCUUUGGCAUCAGAAACCCUAAUUCCUUCCUAUCUUGUUUGUUUGUUUUUUUUUUAAUUCUUCCCAUUUGAUUUUAUAAUCCGAAAACUUGAGAAAAAAGAAAAAAAAAGUUGAUAUUUUUCCCUCUUCUAGCUCACUCAGAUCUUCGAUUCCCAUGCGAAACCCCUUUUGUUCUUAGUGAUUCCUUAAUGAAAAUGAUCUUCUCCAAGCUUGGUCGCUCCGUUAUUCAAUCCUCUCGUUCAAGGGGGUUGCUGUACGGUGGUGGUGUGAGAUGGGCGAGGCUGCUUGCUUCGCCGGCUAUUGAAGCGGCGUCGGUUAAUCAAGUGGACGGUGGUGGUUUAGGGUUUCUGAGGCGGCACUUUGCUUCGUUAACUGGUGGAAAGGGUCUUGUCAACAAUGAUUUGACCGGUGUUUUCGCUAAUCCAAGAAUUCGUCGAUUCUUCUCCGACGAAGCCCCCAAGAAGAAGAAUUAUGAGAACUACUUUCCAAAAGAUACAAAGCAAGAACCCAAGAGUGACCAGAAAUCCGAAUCUAAAGAGGGUUCAGACAAAAAUGAAAGUGAGAACUUGGGAGAUAUGUUCAUGAAUCGAUUCCAAAAUUUGCUUAUUCCUCUGCUGGCUCUUGCUGUCUUCUUCUCUUCUUUCUCUUUUGGCUCUGGAGACCAGCAACAGAUUAGUUUCCAGGAGUUCAAAAACAAGCUUCUCGAGCCUGGUCUCGUUGACCACAUAGAUGUUUCAAACAAAUCUGUGGCGAAAGUCUAUGUAAGGAGCACACCGAGAAGCCAACAAACAACUCAAGACGUUGUUGUCCAAGGCGAUGGUAGCAGAAUUCCCGUGAAAAAAACUGGUGGUCAGUAUAAGUACUACUUCAACAUCGGUAGUGUCGACUCUUUUGAGGAGAAGCUCGAAGAAGCUCAAGAAGCGUUAGGCGUUGAUCCUCACGAGUUUGUUCCUGUCACCUAUGUCUCUGAAAUGGUCUGGUAUCAAGAGUUCAUGAGGUUUGCACCGACUAUACUGCUCUUGGGUACUCUUAUCUAUGGUGCGAGACGGAUGCAAGGCGGAUUAGGUGUAGGAGGAACCGGCGGGAAGAAUGGUCGUGGAAUCUUCAAUAUAGGCAAAGCCACAAUAACGAGAGCAGAUAAAAAUUCCAAGAACAAGAUUUACUUUAAGGAUGUUGCUGGAUGUGAUGAGGCUAAGCAAGAAAUCAUGGAGUUUGUACAUUUCCUCAAGAACCCUAAAAAGUAUGAAGAUUUGGGUGCUAAGAUCCCAAAAGGAGCACUUUUAGUCGGUCCUCCUGGAACCGGAAAGACCCUUUUAGCAAAAGCUACUGCAGGGGAAUCAGGUGUGCCAUUUCUUUCCAUCUCCGGUUCAGAUUUCAUGGAGAUGUUUGUUGGUGUUGGACCUUCGAGGGUAAGACAUUUGUUCCAAGAAGCUAGACAAUCUGCACCAAGCAUUAUAUUCAUAGACGAGAUCGACGCGAUUGGUCGGGCAAGAGGACGUGGUGGUUUAGGUGGUAACGAUGAGCGUGAAAGCACACUGAACCAGCUGCUAGUUGAAAUGGACGGUUUUGGUACAACCGCUGGUGUUGUGGUUCUUGCUGGGACCAACAGACCGGAUAUUUUGGAUAAAGCUUUGUUACGUCCUGGCCGGUUUGAUCGUCAGAUAACCAUUGAUAAACCGGAUAUCAAAGGCCGUGAUCAGAUUUUUCAGAUUUACUUGAAGAAGAUUAAACUUGAUCAUGAGCCGUCGUAUUACUCUCAGAGACUCUCGGCUCUUACCCCGGGAUUCGCCGGAGCUGAUAUUGCGAAUGUAUGUAACGAAGCGGCUCUUAUCGCUGCUAGACAAGGAGGAGCUACGGUUACUAUGGCACACUUUGAGUCUGCGAUUGAUCGUGUUAUUGGUGGUCUUGAGAAGAAAAACAGGGUGAUAAGCAAAUUGGAGCGUCGUACAGUUGCAUACCACGAAUCGGGCCACGCGGUUGCUGGUUGGUUCUUGGAACACGCAGAGCCAUUGCUGAAGGUGACCAUCGUGCCACGUGGCACAGCGGCGCUCGGUUUUGCGCAAUACGUGCCAAAUGAGAACCUUCUCAUGACCAAAGAACAACUCUUCGACAUGACUUGCAUGACCCUUGGUGGCCGUGCAGCCGAGCAGGUAUUGAUAGGGAGGAUCUCGACGGGUGCGCAGAACGAUCUAGAGAAAGUGACGAAAAUGACGUACGCGCAAGUAGCCGUGUACGGUUUCAGCGACAAGGUCGGGCUACUCUCGUUUCCUCCGAGAGACGAUGGGUACGACUUCUCUAAACCGUAUAGCAACAAAACCGGUGCGAUCAUAGACGAGGAGGUUAGGGACUGGGUGAGCAAAGCUUACGAGAAGACCGUGGAGCUGAUCGAAGAGCACAAGGAGCAAGUGGCUCAGAUCGCUGAGCUUUUGCUUGAGAAAGAAGUGUUGCAUCAAGACGAUCUUUUGAAAGUUUUGGGUGAACGUCCGUUUAAAUCGGCCGAGGUGACUAAUUAUGACCGGUUUAAGUCUGGUUUUGAAGAGAGUGAGAAGGAGGAGACGACCACGACGGUUACGCCUGUGGUUGAUGAAGGAGCUCCUCCGCCGCUUGAGCCGCAGGUUGUUCCGACGUAAGAGAGAGUGACUUGAAUGUUACAAUUGUAAAUUUAAUUAAGAAGGCGAUAACACAAUUACGAAAAAAAAUGAAAAAGAAAAGCACUGUUUUUAGUUGUGGGGGAACUUGUUAACAAUGAAUAAUAUUUUUUAAAAUUAUUCCCUCUAAUAAGAUUUUUUUUCUACUG